CGAGCGCCUCCGAACCGGCCCGAGCGCCGGCCUCCCGGCCCGAGCCGAGCGGUUCCGAGCGUUGCCGAGGCGGCCCGAGCGGUUCCGAGCGGGCCCGAGCAGGGCCGCACCGGGCCGCACCGGGCCCCGCGCCCGCCCCGCGCCGCUCCCGCCGCCGCACAGCCAGUAAUUUUCCAAGCCCGGCCGGCGCUGCCCGGCUGAGCCCGCAGGAUCGGCGGGGCCAUGGGAGACAAAGGCACCCGGGUGUUUAAGAAAGCCAGUCCCAACGGGAAGCUCACUGUCUACCUGGGGAAGAGGGAUUUCGUGGAUCACAUCGACGUGGUGGACCCCGUGGACGGAGUGGUGCUCGUGGAUCCCGAAUACCUGAAGGAGAGAAAAGUGUUCGUGACGCUGACCUGCGCCUUCCGCUAUGGCCGCGAGGACCUGGACGUGCUGGGGCUGACCUUCCGCAAGGACCUGUUCGUGGCCAACUCCCAGGCCUUCCCGCCCGUGCCCGAGGAGAAGAAGCCCCUGACGCGGCUGCAGGAGCGGCUCAUCAAGAAGCUGGGCGAGCACGCCUACCCCUUCACCUUCGAGAUCCCCCCCAACCUGCCUUGCUCCGUCACGCUGCAGCCGGGCCCGGAGGACACGGGGAAGGCCUGUGGGGUGGACUACGAGGUCAAAGCGUUCUGUGCUGAGAACCUGGAGGAGAAGAUCCACAAGAGGAACUCGGUGCGCCUGGUGAUCCGGAAGGUCCAGUAUGCGCCGGAGCGGCCCGGCCCCCAGCCCAUGGCAGAGACCACCCGGCAGUUCCUCAUGUCAGACAAACCGCUGCACCUCGAGGCCUCCCUGGAUAAGGAGAUCUACUACCACGGAGAGCCCAUCAGCGUCAACGUCCACGUCACCAACAACACCAACAAGACCGUGAAGAAGAUCAAGAUCUCAGUGCGCCAGUACGCUGACAUCUGCCUCUUCAACACUGCCCAGUACAAGUGCCCGGUGGCUGUGGAGGACGCUGACGAUAUGGUGGCCCCGAGCUCGACCUUCUGCAAAGUCUACACCCUGACCCCCUUCCUCGCCAACAACCGGGAGAAGCGGGGCCUGGCGCUGGAUGGGAAGCUCAAGCACGAGGACACCAACCUGGCCUCCAGCACGCUGUUAAGAGAUGGAGCCAACAAGGAGAUCCUGGGCAUCAUCGUCUCCUACAAGGUGAAGGUGAAGCUGGUGGUGUCACGAGGAGGCCUGCUGGGAGACCUCGCCUCCAGCGACGUGGCGGUGGAGCUGCCCUUCACGCUGAUGCAUCCCAAACCCCGGGAGGAGCCGGCACACCGGGACAUUCCAGAGAACGAAGCGCCCAUAGAUACAAAUCUGAUAGAGCUCGAUACAAAUGACGACGACAUUGUGUUCGAGGACUUCGCCCGCCAGCGACUCAAAGGCAUGAAGGACGACAAGGAGGACGAGGAGGAGCGGACAAACUCCCCGCAGCUCAACGACAGCGGGAGCCUACGGAUCGCCCGAUGGCCACAGGACCUAUAACCGUCCAGCUGUGCCGUGUUGUCACUCUUCAUCCAGCUGCCAGAGCUGCUGUUUCCCGUGCGGGGCACGGCUGGGAGGUGCUGGAGGCAGGGGGGCUCGCUCUGACCCCGUCCCCGUCCAGCCCCUUGCCACUUCCCAUCCCAGAGCCCUUUCCUAUGAGCUGCCUCUUUUAUGUGUUUUAUAUAAGCCCAGUCUCAACACCAGUUUGCUAUGGGGAGGGGGGGGUUGCAGCAGAACAGGGGGGGUGUCUUUUUUGGGCAGCCUUCUCAUGGGAAAGGGCACCUGUGCACCUCGGUGUCCCCUCCUCUCCCCCACGGCCAGUCCCCCCUGUCCGGCCCUGCUGCAUGUGAUCCCUCCCUGGGAUGCACGAGCCUGGCUUUGACUAUGGCCCCUGCCCCAGCUGCUCCAAACCAAGCGGGUGGGCAGCACCCCCUGCUCUUCCCCCCAAGCCCCCAAGGCAGCCCAGCCCAGGGGUCCUCCCAGCUGAGUCCCUUCCCACAGUGGAGCUGCCAGGGCUGGGUCUCAAAUGCCUCUUUGCAGCCACGGCAGGGUCGUGGUGACACCAGGGAUGCUUUGCUCCUCCCGAGCUGCAAAGCCCCCCUGGUUGAUGUUUUCCUCUCCCUGCAUGGGGUCCAGCACCCAUUUGGGGUAGGGGAGAAGGGGAGCAGGGUGUUUGCCACCCUAAUCAGUAUUUCAACAGAUUCUUGUGCCCCGUGGGGUGGUGGUGUCUGGACUUCCCCCCCCAGGGUCUCAGGUCUCCCACCACCCCCUGAGAGGCCAUUCCCAGUAUUUAUUGUGCAGUUGCAAUCAGCGUUGUCAUCUGGGAGCAUUCUGGGGGGUAGCUCCAUCCCUCCCUCCCAGUCUGUGGGGUGCUGAGUUGAGCCCCCCCCCCGUUAUUUUUGGGUAAAGCUGAGGGGCAGCGUGGUACUUCUUUUUGUAAAGUGGUUCCUUUGUACUGAUCAUUGAUACUGGCUGCUUUGGUUUCUUCACCCUGUCUGUGAUGUUUCUGUGUUCUGUCGAAUAAAUUAUUCUAGUUUAUUAAACUCAGAAAAAAAAAAAAAAGAAAAAAUGAUAAAA